UGUAAACUGCAGGGUAACGCUCGUCCACCUGCAUUCUCAAUGGAUGGGGACUACGUUAUUGGGGGUGUUUUCUCCAUACACAACUACAUAUACACGGUGAAGCAUAACUACACCACCAUGCCUGAGCCUCUAAGGUGCACAGGGAGUAUCGACGCCCGUGAGCUGCGCUUCGCGCGCACAAUGGUCUUCGCUAUCGAGGAGAUUAAUAACAGCACGUGGCUGCUGCCGGGCGUCCGGCUCGGGUACCAGAUCCAUGACUCGUGCGCCUCGGUGCCCGUGGCGGUGCAUGUGGCAUUCCAGCUUUCAAAUGGCCUGGACCCGGUGUUUGACACCGGCGACAACUGCUCGCAGUCUGGUAGGGUGACGGCUAUCGUGGGUGAGUCUGGGUCCACGCCAUCCAUCAGCAUGAUGCGCGUCGUCGGGUCCUUUAACAUUCCCCAAGUGAGCCACUUUGCCACUUGUGCAUGCUUGUCCAAUAAGCAGCAGUACCCGAGUUUCUUCAGAACAGUCUCCAGUGACCAAUUCCAGGCUGAUGCGCUGGCCAAACUGGUCAAACGCUUCGGCUGGACUUGGAUAGGUGCUAUCCGGUCGGAUUCGGACUAUGGCAAUAAUGGCAUGGCGUCUUUCCUGGAUGCAGCGCACAAAGAGGGGAUCUGCGUGGAAUACUCCGAAUCUUUCUAUCGGACCCAGCCUCGUAGCAAGAUCCAGAGAGUGGCUAAUGUUAUCCGCAGGUCGACAGCUAUGGUUGUUGUGGCAUUUGCAGCCUCUGGAGACAUGAGAAUCCUGUUGGAGGAGCUGUCCCGGGAGCCUUCCCCACCUCGCCAGUGGAUAAGCAGUGAGUCCUGGGGUACCGACCCAGACAUGCUGAGGUUCAACUUCUGUGCCGGAGCAAUCGGAUUUGGCAUUCAGCAAUCUGUCAUUCCCGGCCUGAGAGACUUCCUGCUGGAUCUGUCCCCAAAUAAAGUGGCUGCGUCCCCGGUGCUGACUGAGUUCUGGGAGGACGCAUUCAACUGCAGGCUGGGCAAAAGUGUAGCCACAGAUGAGAGUGUGUGUGAUGGGACUGAAGACUUACAGACACUCCGGAGCCCGUACACUGACACAUCUCAGCUCCGAAUCACUAACAUGGUGUACAAGGCUGUUUAUGCAAUAGCACAUGCCAUUCAUAAUGCCGCGUGUCAGAAUAAAAAUUCUACCACUCAGUGUGACAAAUUCACCAUAGAGUCCAAACAGGUUGUUACUCAGCUGAAAAAAGUCAAAUUUUCCCAAAAUGGUUAUGAUGUGUCAUUUGAUGCCAAUGGGGAUCCUGUGGCUACAUAUGAGCUGGUCAACUGGCAAAAAAGUAAGAGUGGCAGCAUCGAGUUGGUGACAGUAGGGCACUACGAUGCAUCAUGGCCUGUGGGCCAGGAAUUCCAAAUCAACAAGAACCUCACCUGGGUGGAGGGUAACACACAAGUGCCUGUAUCAGUGUGCACUGACAGCUGUCCUCCAGGAACUCGUAAAAUGCUGCAGAAAGGAAAACCCAUCUGCUGUUAUGAUUGUAUACCAUGUCCUGAGGGGGAGAUUAGCAAUGCUACCGAUUCCCCUGAUUGUUUCCCGUGCCCCAAGGAGUUCUGGCCCAAUGCAGAGAGAAACAUUUGUUUCCCCAAGCCUGUAGAGUUUCUUUCCUUUGAUGAGGUCCUGGGAAUCGUCCUGGCUGCAUUCUCAGUUGGUGGUGCCUGUCUUGCCAUUAUAACAGCAGCUGUGUUCUUUCGUCACAGGACGUCCCCCAUUGUCAGGGCCAACAACUCUGAGCUGAGCUUCCUGCUGCUUGUCUCACUGACUCUAUGUUUCUUAUGUUCUUUAACUUUCAUGGGAAUGCCCUCUGAGUGGUCCUGCAUGCUGCGCCACACAGCAUUCGGCAUCACCUUUGUCCUCUGCAUCUCUUGUGUUCUUGGGAAAACUAUAGUGGUGUUAAUGGCCUUUAAAGCUACACUUCCAGGUAGUAAUGUCAUGAAAUGGUUCGGUCCUCUACAGCAAAGAAUGACCGUAGUGUCCUUCACGUUUAUUCAAGUUUUAAUAUGUACUAUUUGGUUGGUUCUUAGUCCCCCUUUUCCAAUGAAAAACCUAACCAUAUACAAGGAGAGAAUCAUCCUGGAGUGUGCAUUAGGCUCAGCUAUUGGGUUCUGGGCUGUGCUCGGGUACAUAGGCCUACUGGCUGUCUUUUGCUUCAUGUUAGCUGUCCUAGCUCGGAAACUACCUGAUAAUUUUAACGAAGCCAAGCUUAUCACCUUCAGCAUGCUGAUAUUCUGUGCAGUUUGGAUCACCUUUAUCCCAGCAUAUGUCAGCUCACCUGGCAAAUUUACUGUGGCUGUGGAGAUAUUUGCCAUUCUGGCGUCCAGUUUUGGACUAAUUCUGUGCAUAUUUGCUCCAAAAUGUUUCAUUAUAUUGUUUAAGCCAGAGAAGAACACAAAGAAACAUUUAAUGAACAAAAAUCUGUUUUAG